UCAGAUGCUGGCAAAAACAAAGGGGCUUAUUGAAAGCAAUUCUGAUGUGCUCAAAGGUAAAGAAGAGAUAAAAACAACUUCAGCAGAACCUAAUCAGUCUCCAUUAAAUACAACUAUUCUAAAUGAUUCGGGUGUUCAUGGUGACUUUCCGACUGUUUCUGAUACUGAUGACGAUGAUACACACAUAGACAAGAUGGAGGAAGAUGAGGAUAGUGGUGAUGAUGACAAGGAUUCUGACUUCGAUGUAUCCAGUGAAACCAUCUCAAGUGAAACAGAAUUUUCAACUAGUAGUGACUAUGAGUAUAAUAGACCUGUAUCACCAUCACAUAGAGAUCUGUUAGGUCAUAAUGCCAAGGGUAAGAAUUGAUUUUUUGUUUUAAUUUGCAGAAAAAAAGAAUGCACACAUUUUUAUUAAAAUUCAACAAUUAAAGAUUGCAAAAUAGUAACUCUAAAAUAUUUUUUAAGUGAAAUUUAAUGCUUAACCUCCUUGAAUAAAGACCCACCUUGAAGCAGAUAAGGUCUAUUUUUUAUGCCUAUUUUACAGAAGGGACAUUUGUGUUUUAUACAGAGUUGUCGAGCAGUAGUGAUGAUCUUUUUGACUUGGAUAUUCCUGUGUCUUCACCUAAAAGAAAGAUGCUAAAAUUUGACAAGAAGCAGCCGUCGAAAAAACCUGCAUUGCCAACCUCACUGUUGAAUAAUAAACUGUUGAAAGUACCUGCAUUACCCAAUUCACUGUUAAAUAAUAAUGAUGACAAAGGUGAGGUCUUUUUUUCUAGCUUGAUAAAGUUACUUACAUGGACAAAUUUGUUGGAUAGAGCUUGAAACAAUGAUCAAAAUGAUUAGGUUCAGACACUUUUAUGAGCAGUUGUGAA